AUGAGAACCCCGCAUGUCGACGCCAAGCAGCACCUGGAUGGCUUUGCAUGUGCUCCAGGACUGAUACAAUUGAGCUCAGCAGCAGCUGAAGCUAGUGCCGAAGCUGAUAAUAUCAGUAGCAGUAGUAGCAAUAACAAUGCCGCAUACUACAACGAUAGCAACAACAACGACAACCGUAACACGGUAUUUGCAACUGCCGAUGCGUCAUUGCCUUCAGGAUGGCAACGAAUCAUCCACGGCUCUGGUCUUCCAUGCUACGUACACAGCGUACUGGGUGUCGUCUGUUGGACAAGGCCGUAUCUGUUGUGUGCUGAAACUUGCGAUACAUUGUCUCAACCAGAAUUCCACCGACUUGUGAAGCAGCAUGUACCACCGUUGAGCAUUUUCACGCCACCGGAGAAUGUUGCUACAAAGAAAAAGAAGGUGGUGACGUCUAAAACUGCUUUGUCAUCGAUGACUGCACCUCAAGAAAUGAGUAGUGCUCAAUUAAAGAAACGCAAACUGGAUGGGGUGGCCAAAGAGCAAAAGAGUACUGACCAGCAGCAAUUGAUGACGCUAGAAGAGUUCAAGAUGCUAUCUAUCAGCGAUCCUCGUAUACUACAAGCGUGUAUGGAACUCUCGAUUAAAACACCAGCACAAGUGCUUCAAGAGUAUCAAAAUCGGAACCGUGGUGUGUCCAUUAAUUACAAUACGGUGCAAGUUGAAGGCGGUGGGGUAAAGCUCUUCAAAACAAUUGUAACUGCUGGUAGCACAGUUGCCGAGGGUGUUGCUUCGACGAAGAAAAUUGCAAAACAACUAGGAGCGCAGCAAGUGCUUGCGGUAUUGCAUGAGCACACGGCCAGGACAUACUAUGAAGUGGCGGAAAUGUACAACAACUCUUUGAAGGGGCAACCAGCGACUGCAGAGUCAUCUACGUACGGACCGACGGUUCCACUUCGCAAUGAUGUGAAAGGUAAACACAGCACUGGAGAUCUUCGUCAUCAACGGGGUGGAAGUGCGUCAAAUCACAUGCGAACUCGUCGUUCACCUCCUAAUCAGGAGUAUGAUGGUAGUAGUGGCUAUCGUGACUAUGGAGUUGAUCGACGAGGAAAUGCACCACCCCAAUGGAGCACGUACAAUCAGCAACCAAUGCAGCUUUCACAACAACAAGUAGGUUUGUGGGAUUGUGGAGGUCAGCAAAAGGAUGCUGGAAUGGACAAUGCUCGUUCUGAACGGGUAGUGGUGUACUCUACUACACCGGCUGGAUCCGCGGGGGACUAUAGCAGCGGACAGUAUUACAACAAUGCUUAUAUGGGUGGAAACGCAUGGGGCCACUAUCCGAAUGCCAACCACCCUAGUGAGCCGCAUGCACCUCAAGUUUAUUCUCAGCAAUACAUCGGUAGCUACGAGGGUGGUCAACCACCAGCUGAAAACCGACCUUACGGCAAUUAUCACUCCUCAGACGAAACGACGCGUGUUACAGCCAAUUUACGCAAUCAAAUGUUGAACCAAUGA